GCUCAGCGGCGCUCAUUUUAUUCCCUAUUCUCCCAUUGGGACAACCUGAUUCAACAGCAUUCAAACAAAAAGCAGCUUCUCCUCUUUAAGAUAUGAAUAGACCCCGACGCGUUUCUGUAGUUCUUCCUUAUGCUCGGAAUGGAAUCUGAGUAAACACUGAAAAGGUGCCAGUUCUGAACGCGAGAGCAUUCACCGUAACCCUCCUCCCGUCUCCGAGAGGCGCAAUGGAGAUGGAUGACUUUUUCGGGAGACCUGGGAGUUUCAACCUCAGCUCCAAAUGCCUGAUAAACAAAGACUUCACGUUUCGAUACUUGUCGGUCGUUUACGUUGGCGUGUUUCUGAUUGGAUUUCUUGGCAACGUUUUUGGCUUGUGGAACUCCUUUCUCAACUGGAAGAAAUGGACUUGUCUAAAUAUCUUCGUGCUGAACCUUGGCGUCGCCGACCUCCUCUACAUCAUCACUCUUCCAUUUUUCGUGUCUUAUUACGGCAACAAAGGAGUGUGGAUGUUUGGCUAUGAAUUUUGCCGCUUGGCUCGCUGUCUUUUCCACGUCAACAUGUACGCCAGCAUCAACUUUCUAACCUGUAUUAGUGUCCAACGCUACUUGGGCAUUGUCCAUCCAAUGAAAACCAUAGGACGAUUUAAGAAUUUGCGCCACUCGCUGUACAUCAGUAUCCUGCUGUGGGUUUGGGUGAUUAUUCAGACUUUACCAAACCUUCUGUUUACAAACACGGAUAAGAACGACACUUACUGCUAUGAUUCCGUCAUUGAUGAGCAUCUAUCGGCCUACACACCCUACUCCAUGAUUAUCACCAUCACCGGAUUCUUCAUACCUUUCACCAUCAUUGUGGUGUGCUACACCCGCAUUCUUUUGGUCUUGAAAAAUAAUAAAAGCGUGAAUCCGAAUGUGAAAAGGAAAAGUAUAAAGCUAGUCCUGAUUGUUUUGAUUUUGUUUUUCCUUUGUUUUUUCCCCUAUUACAGCUUCCGGAACUUUAAUUUGUUCUCCAGAACGUGGCAACUACAAGGAACGUGCACAAAGGCUCUGGAGAACCUCUACAUCGCCUAUCAAAUCACUAGAGGUUUGGCUUCCCUCAACAGCGCCAUUAACCCUCUGCUUUACUUAGUGACCAACGAGAACUUUGUUUCACAGUUUCAGAAGAUAAAGAACAAAGCCUGCCUAUCAAGACAGUAGACUUUAAUCUGAAGGAGUUAGAAUAAGUAUCAGAAGAACUUUAAUGGGGUAGUACACCUUUAAAUGAACUUUUAGUAUGAUGAAGAUAAUGAUAUGCUGAAAACAAACAAAUCACUAAAAAUGUACAGUAUGUAUUUAGUUAUUAGCAGCAUGUACCCCAAAUGUACCCCUUCAUACCAGCACUUACAGUUAUACAGAGAAAGGAGAGGUGGGAAUUAUAGUUAUGGAACCUAUUACAAGUAUGGGACUCCAAAUAAGGGGUAAUUAUAUCUUAGUUGGGAUCAAGUACAGGUACUGUUUUAUUA